UUAAUGUUUCUCGUAGCACUAUUUCUAACUUCAUGACAACCGAGUGCAAUCUAUCUAUUAAGCAGGCACAAUUCCAGUCAGUAGAAAGAAACAGUGAAGAAAAGAUUCAACAAAGAUACGAUUGGGUACAAAAAUGGUAGCAACCUGGCUUGAAUUUCACAAAAAAUUGCGCCUUUCAAUUAAGCAGUUCUGGUCAGUUGUCAAGAGCAAGGUUAAGCGAAAUAAGUUCCUAGAAAAAGAAUCGCUCAUGACUAGAACUAGUGAGGCUUGCGAUAGCUUGUAUCUAAGUGAUUUCAAAGGCUUUAUUUCUCAUCCUGCUAAAUGUUUUGGUAAGUAUCUCAACAAAGAAAGAUUAUGAACAAUGUAGAGUAGGUGAGAGACGUUAUGGUGAAAAAGCUCCAG